AUGCCGUCGUCGGGUUCACGUAUCCUCGCGUACUCCCUCAAGGAAGAGCGUUAUGCUUUCUGUGGCGAGAGGGGAAGAACCCAGAACCUCUCAACAGAGACUGUGGAAAAGAAGACCACUACGUAUCCGGGUCAAGCAGCUCCUGGAUGGACUCGCGAAAUCGAAACCAUCAACCCCAUUAGGUGGUCAUCGCAGACAGUGCCAGGACAACACCAACUUCAAGGCUCUGAAGAAGGCGACGAUGCCGAAGCGUUAGCCAGAAUAAAGAUCUUGGUGGCGGAGCAGGCUAAGCGCGGCUUCACAAUCAUGACUGAAGAGCAAAAAGCGCUUGUCUAUGGUGCAGAAUCUCCAUUCAACAGUUCUGAGUCACUGCAACGACUGCGACAUGUCAACAAGCACAACGGUGACGCACUGAUCGAGAAAGAGAUCCGUCUCGUUGCAGAGGCAAAGCUAUGGAAACUGCGCCAGCAGGAUAUUGUGGGAACAACGCUGGUUCGCAGCCCCUUGCUGAUAGCCAAUGCUCCGAUCCUCUCACAACCUGUCAUACUUUCACCAUUGGUGCUGUCACCUUCGAUUCUCACUCCUGCCGUUCUGGGUCCAGUGGUGUUGGGACCAUGGGUAUUCAUUCCCGUCAUUCUAUCACCUCGUCUGCUCUCGCCGCUUAUCGUAAAUCCUUUGAUCUUCUCGCCGAUCAUUCUCUCCCCUCUCGUUUUGCAUCCGCUCAUAUUAGCACCAGGAGUGUUCAACCCGCUCAUUCUCUCACCGUUGCUGCUCUCUCCGUUUAUACUAUCGCCACAGGCGUUCACUCCUCUCAUCCUGAGUCCUUUCGUGCUGAAUCCGAUCAUCCUUACUCCGGGCGUUGGAACACCACUCAUUCUAUCCCCAUUCGUGCUUUCCCCGAUCAUUCUAUCCCCUCAAGUGCUUUUUGGAGUGAUACUCUCUCCUUAUGUAUUGUCACCUCUGGUUGCUACAAAGCUUUUCGUGAGUACUGUGGUUGCCUCCCCUAGUUGGUUAAGCUGA